AUGGCUGAAGAAUUGGUCGAAAUCGAUUGCAUUCUCACAACUCAUCGUUACUUGAAUUUUAUUACAGCUCCAUCCGUUCUGUACAUUGGCCUCUUUGCGAAUCUCGGAGUAUCGAAAAUUUGUCAAAUUAGUCUGCAAACAUUUUUGCUUAUUGAAUUCGUGGUAGCUUUACUGGGAGCGAUCUUUGAGAAGGGACAGGCUGUUUUGCCUGAUCAUCACUGGGCAAAAUUUGGAAGAAGAAAAGCUCUUGUUACUGAAAUCUUCUGGUACUCUCAUCCACUUUUCCUACUUGAGCCUAUAGUUUAUGCAAUCUGGGCAGCAAAUGAUGAAAAAGUGGCAUUCAACGAGCAAAUUCAGGCCUCUGGUCAACGAGCAGGUCGUGCCUUGAAGAGCGCUGGUUCCGGUCGUGGACGCUCCAGAUCGGCCUCAACUCGCCGUGCCGCUCGUGUUGUGAAGGGUUCCCGUUCCCGUUCUCGCAAGGACGACAAAGCCAAGUCACCUAAAUCCGCACCAAAGUCUGAGAAGAAGCGCCGCUUGACCGCUGACAAGGAA